UAUGAGAAACGACAUUGCCAAGUAUUUCUUAAAAUUAACACUUUAGGGAGCCACAAUUAAAGCUGUGACGAUUUAUAACAGAGUUGAACAUCUUGUAAUUUAUACAUAUGAUUUUACAUUCUGACCAAUCAGAAUAAAGUAUAAGAAUUCGUUAUUUUGAAACAGUAUUGAAAGUACGUUGUUUGUGGAAGAAUUUGUAUUUACUGUUUUAAACGUAAUUUUUAAAAGUACACUGUACUUCUUUUCCUUAAGUAUUGACUAUGUAAUUUUAAUGCAAAAUAUACGAUAUUCAAGCAAUGUUGGAGGAUAGAAGAACUGAUUCUCAAACAUCUAAGACAAUUUCUCAAGUUCAAAAUAAUCUUAAACAAUUAACAAUAUCAAAAGUGAACACAGCAUUAAUUGAAAAUACAUCAAAAAGUGUAAAAAAUUCAGAUAAUACAAACAAUCAACAUAGUAUUUGUUUGGCAAAUAUCAAGCAAAAUAAAGAAAACCUUUCUAAAAAGUCAACAGAAUUGAUGCCGCCACCUAAAUCAUCUGUAUCUCAUAAUACAAUAACAUAUGUACCAAAUACAACUAAUGAUAAGGAAGAAAAUGAAACAAAUCUUAAAAGAACAUCUAAAAAGAACAUAGAUAUUGAAAAUAACGCAGAACAAAGUAAUACAAACAAAAAAGGUCAAAGUGAAAAGAAAUGGGUUUUAACUGAUUUUGAUAUUGGACGGCCAUUGGGAAAAGGAAAGUAUGGAAAUGUUUAUUUAGCUAGAGAAAAGAAAUCAAAAUUCAUUAUUGCUAUGAAAGUACUAUUUAAAGCACAAAUACAGAAAGCCGAUGUAGAACAUCAAGUUAGAAGGGAAAUAGAAAUUCAAACACAUUUAAGGCAUCCAAAUAUUUUAAAAAUGUAUGGGUAUUUUCAUGAUGAUAAAAGGAUAUAUUUAAUUUUGGAAUAUGCUCCAAAUGGAGAAUUAUUUAAAGAAUUGAAUGCUCAACCAAAAAAGCGUUUUGAUGAAAUUAGGACAGCAACAUAUAUAUCUCAAUUAGCAGAUGCUUUAAAAUACUGUCACAGUAAAAAGGUGAUACAUCGAGAUAUCAAACCUGAAAAUUUAUUACUUGGUAUAAAAGGUGAAUUAAAAAUGGCAGACUUUGGAUGGUCUGUCCAUGCCCCCUCUUCUAGAAGAACUACUCUUUGUGGUACUUUAGAUUAUCUACCACCAGAAAUGGUUGCUGGGAAAACACAUGAUCAUACUGUAGACUUAUGGGGACUUGGUGUACUUUGUUAUGAAUGUUUAGUUGGUAAACCUCCUUUUUUAUCUGAAUCUUACGAUGAAACAUAUGUAAAAAUCAGAAAAGCCCAAUACGAAAUUCCACAAUUUGUCAGUGAAGGUGCUAAAAAUUUAAUAUCUAAGUUAUUAGUACUUGAUCCAGCUCAAAGAUUACCUUUAGAAGAUGUUUUAAGACAUCCUUGGAUUGUACAAAAUCGAACGACAGAACCAUAUGUACCAUAAUGAAGUAGCUAAAUUGAUAACGUUCAUUUUAUCUCAUAAAACAGUUAUGUUUUCAUAAUAAAAAAUCUAUUUGAGGUAUUUUUUUAUAUUAUUCCUAAUAUUAAUAUUCAAUUAUUUCAUACAUAAAAUAAAACAUUAUAUAAUUUAAAAUAGUGCUCUAUAUAUUUCUAACAAUUAUGUUUUAUUACUAAUUUAAUUAAAAUACAAUUUUAAUGUAAUCAAGUAUUUAAGCUUAAUUUUUGCCAUUUAAGCUAUUAUAUUUAUAUCAAACUAAAAAACAAGUGGUGAUAAUAUUUUAUAUAUAAUAACGAGACAGAAUUAAUAGCUAUAAAAUUAAAAAACUUAAUGUAUAAGAUUACACAUUUAACACCUUGACGGCCGCACAUUUUUCACGUCGCCUUCAAGUUGCUGCCGGUGCAUGUCACGCAGAUUUUUAUUGCCUACCACCGCGACAUUUACGAAGUCAUUCGUAGCAUAAUAAGUAAUUACAGUAUAUUUAUUGAUAAAAAAAAGGAUUAAACCGAUUAUUACUUUUUUUUCUAUUGCAUAGUCUUAUAUUUUUAAUAAAUUAAAUAAUUUGUGGCCUAAAAUCAUUUUUGUACGUCUUAUGAAAAUUGUGGUACAAAAUCACGUUUUCAAGACGCCGGCCGACAACUGCUGGCGAGAAGUCGCGUACAUGACAGCGGCCGACAAUGUGUUAAGUAUUUUUACACGAAUAUCUUUUAU